AUUGCUGAAGCGUUUGAAGAAUUAUUGUCGUAUGUUCUCCGCGACUUUGUCGAUUUUUGGUUUGUACACCUUUCAGGCUCCAUAGAGGAGAAGUCGUUUCCUAGUGCAGUAGACCAUAUUAUUCGUACCGCUCUUCUGAACCUCAAAGGCCGCCUCGAGGACAAAGAUCUCAUGAGUAUUGUUCUUAACCGCCUGAUGCCAAUAAUUACGCUACACAUAUCCGAAUUUAGGGAAGCCGAAGUGUCCCUUCGCGGACGCUCCCUUGAGCGUUCAGUCACACAAUCUGAUGAGCUUGAUCUUUUGUUAGCCUCCCAGUUUAGGGGUGGUAAACUUCACCCUGCCCUAACAACUGCUGCUGUGACAACAAAACCCACUGAAAUAGCUUAUUUACGUCAAGUUAUUGACCGUAUUAUGCCAUAUAUCUUUGAUAAAAAGGAUAUACAGAGUAACGCAGUAGCCCUGAUCAUCCGCGAAAUGGCAACAUGUGCUGUACUUCAGCCUACCUUUGAUAUGCUUGCUGAUCCAGAUUUUUGGAACCAAACCAUCGAUAUCUAUUUCUCAGCUGCAUUUUUGGGGACUGGACUUGAGGAGGCAUGGGAUGAACAAGAAGAGGAUGCAGAUACAAAAAGAAUUUUUGGCUUUGGAAGUACAAAAAUGGGCAGACAGACUUUCCAAGACUUUCUCAAGAUGAUUGAGAGCGAAAAGAAUUUGCUUGAUCUUAAGCGAGUUCGCAACGAUAUUAUUACCCAGAUACGAAAGAAGAAAGCUCUCACCUUCGAAGAUGUGAAUGCAUAUGUGAAUCGGCUAAGUGUAGCUAAAAAAAGAGUUGAUAAACGUAUUGCUCUUCUUUCAGGCGAAAACUACGAAAAACGUUCACCUACAUCUCAACUGUUUGGCAGUCGAAAACAGAGUACUACAUUUACAUCCCAGACUACUGGUUAUACCCUUUAUGAUAUCCUCACCAACACUGCUGGUCUUUCGUAUUUUAUGGAGUUUAUGGACCGCCGAGGUGAUAUGGUAAAACUUCAGUUUUGGCUAAUUGUCGAAGGGUUUAAGAACUAUGACACAUCCGAUAAUUCGCCCCAAAAGCGAGAUGAAAAAACAUUUUUCCAAGACAUAAAGAUGGUCCACGAAAUGUACUUUGCUGACGCAUCACCUCAUCGUCUUCCGAUUUCUGAAAAUCUCAGCCGCGACCUCAUGGACGCAAUUCAACGUGCACAAAUAGACCUUAUUGAAGAAAACGAAAGUGUCUUUUCAGAGACUGUACAGGAAAUGGGCCGACGGUUGUACAGAAUACAGCAAAGUAUUUUUUGGCAGAUCGAAAAAGAGCAUUUUCUUUACUUUAAACGAUCAGAUUUGUAUUUCAAGUAUCUUGCUACCUCGCCUAACUCUGCUCCUGACACCUUACCAGAGCGACAUGAAUACACACAAAAUAAGUCUAUAAGCACACUGCCAAGAAGAGAGGGUUCCAUAAAGAUUACAAAACCACAGUCAUUCCAGCGUCCAUCUCCUUUAAUUUUAUACGGCACACGAGGCAUAAAGUCUUCAAUGGCUAUGCCUGUGCAGAAUGAUUAUACUUUACCGUCCUGGAAGUCUUCAGGAGGAACUAAUACCAUUUCAGAAGUUGAGCAUGACCAGAUUGGGCCAUUAACACCGCGUGGAUCAAUUAAGUCCCAAGAGCAGCAGGAGAUCCAUUCGUCUGCGUCUUCUACAAAGGCUCCGUCUGGAGAUAAUGUUCAUCUAGCACCACCUGGUGAUCUUCUUCUGGCUUCAAAGGUUAAACAAAUAUCAGAAGAUGUGAAAAAACUAAUGCAGGAAGAGGCACUUGUCGAUGCUUUGAUCCGAAAAUCCGAAGCUAGAAACGAAGUAGAGAGUUUACGACUUCUCAGGAAAAUUAAGAGCGCAUGUAGACAGGAUAUACAACAGAUGAAAUAUCAAAAGAGUCAAUAUGAACUGCAAGAAUCAGAAAACGUGCUUGAACGUACCAAGGUCAGCAUUACCAACUCAACAAUCGGGUCAGAUAUCCAUGGUGAAUUCGCACUAUAUGUGAUUGAAAUUCAUCAGCUUGGCACAGAAGGGAACUAUACAUCAGGAUGGAUAGUUACACGCCGUUACAGCGAAUUUUUUACCCUUCAUCAGAAACUCAAGGACCAUUAUGCGGCUGUCAAGAUGUUGGAUUUUCCAGUAAAAUGGCCACUGCUCAAACUCCAGCGCUCGUUUGUUGAGACCCGACGAAUUAGUCUUGAACGUUAUUUAAGGCGCUUAUUGGAAGACAAAUUAAUUUGUCAAAGUGAUGAAUUAAGAGUGUUCUUGUCACAACAGAAUGUAUAUGUUCCGGGUCCCAAAGACAACAGUGAUGUCGAUUAUGAGUUUGCUGGGUUCAUGAAGCAUAUUUACAAAACUGUUGCAGCUGGCUUUGAUGAUAUGUUCAUUGGGCCAUCGAUGCUUGAUCUGAUUACGCAACGCUUAGGUGAACAAGUUAUGGAAUUUUCAUAUGAAAGCGAUAUGAACGAUCCCAAUUCAACUUUUCCCCACAGUCACAGUUUAUCAAAUUCGUUUGGAAAUGUGGAACUUUCGAAUGAAGCGCUCAAGCCUGUGGAAAACGAAGGGAUCACUCGGUUUACAGAGCCACUUUGUGACCUUUUUAUUGAGAUGUUUGAACUCAAAGAAAAGAACAAUUGGCUUAGACGCCAGGCAGUUGUUAUUAUUUUGCAGCAGAUCUUCGGAGGUACCAUUGAAAGAAAACUACGGGAAUCAAUGCGCUUUUUGGAAUCCGAGCCUAUGAUAUUAUUUUAUUUUAGGCGUCUCACGGACACCCUAUGGCCUGAGGGAGCUUCCUUAUCAUUUAAGCCUCCUCGACGGCCAGAGGAGAAACAGCAUACACGCGAAGAAGCCAACCGAAAAUUAUCUACGUGGCUACCAGACCUACUCGGAAGUAUGGUUGGCAGACAGAACUCUCGUCGUGGAGCAAGACGUCUAUUUAGUGUACUCCAAAACAAAAGGCUUAAUCAGGACUUGGUGUACACACUAUUUGAUGAGAUUCUUUAUGAAUUGUUU